AUGCCAAUCUUUUCAUCACUUUUGUCACACCGUGACAGUGCUAUGUGCCAUUAUGCCAAUAACAAAUACAAUCCAAAUGCGAAAGUAGAAAGGAAGGGAAUCGAUGAUAGAUCAGUACACAUAGCAGAGAGGAAAUACUGGAGCUCGAUUUCUCGGUUCUUAGUAUAUUAUACGCACAUUAUACGCUGUACAAGAAUCGGACUAAUCAAAGCUGUUGCAAAAUGGUGCCGCAUUAAGGAAUGUUGUACGUGGUGCAGUAUUUUUGCAGUGACAGUUCAGCCGUGGUUGUCAGAUUAA